AUGGAGGCAAUUGUAAUUCUGCCAUUCAAGAGCCACUUUAGGCCACAACAAAUAAACCGGAAAGCUGCAAUGCAAUGGCGCCGUAAAUCUUCUUCUUCUUCUUCUUCUUCUUCUUCUUCUUCUUCUUCCAUUCUCUUAGUGCUUGCAGGCAAUAAUCUAAACAAACCUCAAUCGACUCACGAGCGCAAAAGGCAUAAAAGCAAGAAUAGUGGGUAUGAUGGGCUGGUGGAAGCAGCAAGAGUGGCUCAUCGGAACUUCGGCCCAGCCCAACAGAGACAACUUAUUCUACAAUCUCUUGAUAUGGCCGCUCCCAAACCUAUCCUUAGCCUGGCAAGUUCGAACACUGUUCCCGCCUUGUUUUUGAAAGAGACGAAUUGUGUGGGAAUGUGCACUAACCUUUGCAAGAUCCCUUCACAAGAGUUUAUGAAGGAGGCUCUUGGAACAUCAGUCAACAUGGUGCCUAAUUUUGAUGAUAUGAGCUGUGAAAUAAUAUUUGGUCAGGAACCUUCAGCAAGAUCACUUGAUCCAGCGUUUAAGCAGCCAUGUUAUAAGCAA